AUAACAAAUGCAAUGCAAUGCAGAGAGUUGUUAUGGGAUCCCUGCGAUGUGUGUAACUGUCAACAGAGAAGCGUAAAGAGCACCUGAACGUGAUAAAUGUGCAAUUUGUUGUGUCUGUGAUAUACAGUGAUAUUUUCUUUAAUAGAUUUAGUUUACUAGAAGUUUUAUAUUGAUCAUGGAGUCAACUGAGUCUCCUUUCUGAAGGAAAUAGUUCACCAGGUUUGUCCUCGAGCUCAUGCAUGUUGCGGGAGGUGGAGCGAUAUCACUUCAAGGAGAACAAUCUGAAGAUUCUCAGACUCCAGCAUCCACACCACCUUCACCAGAUCAAGCGAGAAACGAUCAUGACGGUUCAAGUAAAUCGAAUUCUACCUCAGCAUCACCAGUUCCUGAAGAGUCUGGAACAAGAGCUGAGGCUAUUGUGGCUGACAUCAGUGGUGCAUCAGCUGACUCAUCGAAUGAUCCACAGGCGGCUGCACCAGAUGAAGCCACGGUUGUAGCACCAGCUACAAGGGAGGUUGUCAGAGCCAGACACAGACCCCUCUCAGCUGACAGAACGCGUCACAUCCGCAGCCAGUGGCUGUCGCAGUCUACCAACCAAUCCACAUCCAGUAGUAGACUAAGUGUAUUGGGAUGCAGCAAUGGCAGGUUUCACCUUCAGUGGAACAUCCAGGAAGCCACGAAUCCUAAUGACUGGAUUGCCUUGUGCUGUGUUGGUACUGAGAAGAGUGUAAGCACAAAUGGUUGUCGCUGAGGCUGCAGAAAAGAAGCUGAGCAGUAUUUGGAGUUGAGAAGAGACAGCUGACUUAUGAGAAGGUUUGAACAUGAAUUGACUUAUGGGAAACUAGGAAGACACAUUACAAUGAAAAUUAUAGCUGUUGAACUUGAAGAUGUGCUCAGCAGUACAAGUGAUCAUGACCAUUGAAAUGUGUGUAAAUGCUGUAAGAUUGAGCUAAGGGAAAAGUUAGUUAUAGCAUCAGAGAAACGAACUCCUGUGGAAUGAGUGUUUCUCUGUAGAUGCAGGUAAUAGCAAUGGGGAA